AUGAACAAGAGGUUCCAGAACGCGGGGGCCCGGGCCUGGGCUGGUGGGCACAGAGCCAGGGCGCAGGCUGUGUCUCGGGUGAGGUUGGGCGUCUGCCGGCCGUGGUGGGGGCCCGCCAUGGGCCUGGAGCUCUACCUGGACCUGCUGUCCGCAUCCUGCCGCGCCGUCUACAUCUUCGCCAGGAAGAACGGCAUCCCCUUCGACUUCCAGUUUGUGGAUCUACUGAAAGGUCACCACCACAGCAAGGAGUACAUCGAGAUCAACCCCCUGAGGAAGCUGCCCAGCCUCAAAGAUGGAAAGUUUGUCUUAUCUGAAAGCGUGGCCAUCCUUUUCUACCUGUGCCGCAAGUACAGCGCACCCUCGCACUGGUACCCGCCAGACCUGCACACGCGCGCCCGCGUGGACGAGUUCAUGGCCUGGCAGCACACGGCCAUUCAGCUGCCCAUGAACAAGAUACUCUGGAUCAAGCUGCUGAUUCCCAUGAUCACGGGGGAGGAGGUUCCGGCUGAGAAGACGGACCAGAUGCUGGCCGAGGUAAAGAACAACUUGAAGCUCUUUGAGGAAAAGUUUCUGCAGGACAAGCUGUUCAUCACCGGGGACAACAUCUCCCUGGCCGACUUGGUAGCCCUGGUGGAGAUGAUGCAGCCCAUGGCGGGAAACCAUGACGUCUUCGUUAACAGCUCCAAGCUGGCUGAGUGGCGCAUGAGGGUGGAGCUGGCCAUCGGCUCUGGCCUCUUCUGGGAGGCCCACGACAGGCUGGUGAAGUUGGCCGAGUGGGACUGCUCCACGCUGGAUCCAAUGGUCAAGGACAAGGUCUGCAAUUUGCUGCAGAAGUUCAGGUAGAAGGAGCCCAGCCUGAGGGCCUGGCUGGCGCAGCCCCUGGAGCCCCUUCCUUAGGGGAGAUUCUGAAAAUCACUCUUUGCCUAAUAAGGAACGGGAACCACCACCACGGCUGGAUGCAUCUGAUGUGGUGGGGCUGGGUGGCCGUCACGAGUUCCCUCAGCUUCCAAAAAGAUGUGAAAAUUCAAGGUUAAGCAUGAUUAAA